AUGCUGCCGUCGCAGGAGGCCUCCAAACUGUACCAUGACAACUACAUGCGGAACUCGCGGGCCAUCGGCGUCCUCUGGGCCAUCUUCACCAUCUGCUUCGCCAUCAUCAACGUGGUGGUCUUCAUCCAGCCUUACUGGAUCGGCGACAGCGUCAGCACGCCCAAGCCGGGCUAUUUCGGCCUCUUCCACUACUGUGUGGGCAACGAAGGCAACAACCGGGAACUCACCUGCCACGGCUCCUUCGCCGACUUCCGCAGCAUCCCCUCCGGCGCCUUCAAGGCCGCCUCCUUCUUCGUGCUGCUCUCCAUGGUGCUGAUCUUGGGCUGCAUCACUUGCUUCGCCCUCUUCUUCUUCUGCAACACGGCCACGGUCUACAAGAUCUGUGCUUGGAUGCAGCUACUGGCAGCUCUCUGCCUGGUGCUGGGCUGCAUGAUAUUCCCAGAUGGCUGGGACUCAGAGACCGUCAGGGACAUGUGCGGGGAGAAGACGGGGAAGUACUCACUGGGCGACUGCUCUGUGCGCUGGGCUUAUAUCUUAGCCAUCAUUGGCAUCUUGAAUGCCCUUAUCCUCUCCUUCCUGGCCUUCGUCCUCGGCAACCGGCAGAACGACCUGCUUCACGAAGAGCUCAAAACAGAGAACAAAGAGGAUAUAAUGUAGAAGAGGCAGGAAGCCCCUGUUCACUGGUACCUGGACUGGACUCUCAUCCUUCCCUCCUCAUCUCCCUCAUGGCCUUUCUUUUGCGGCUGCCAACCAGGGGGGAAACCCCGUCCCAUUCCACGGUCUCCGAAUUCGCCGACCUCACCUGCGUGCCGUUUCCAGAGACAUGGUCAUCCCUCAUGAACUGCCAGCUUUGACUCGUAUUCCCUUCUGCUGAUUGGCUUCCCCAACUUGCCUUUCCUGCUUCCGAGGGGAGGGAAAACGUGCACAUUCCAACCGUUACGCUCAAAAAAAAAAAAGGGAAUGACGCCACCGGGAUUUUUAAUACUUCCUUUUCAAGAUUUCCUCCUUUCUGGGAGAAGCAUCCAGCGGGGUCCUCAAGGCGGCCCUCCUUCACAUGAUGCAAGAGCUGGUGCCAAGACGAUGCUGCUGUUGCUGUUGCUGCUGCUGCUGCUGUUGUCACAGACUACCAGGGCACCUCUAUGCCGCAUCGGUUCCUGUUUUUAACUUUCUGGCCCCUUUGCUCAUCCCUGCGGCCGUUCAGUACCAUGCCGUGCUCAAGGCUGG